AUGGCCAUGUUUGCCCUUAUGAACGUCGUCCUGGUGCAAGAGUUCUCUCGUGAAGGUUUGCUUUGCUUUCCUGACCAAUUCUGGUCUCAAUGCCACGAGAUGGUGUUCCUCAAGCCUCCGGUACAGGGUCAUCUCUCCAAUGAUGCUGGCUGGGUGCUGCUACAGAACUAUCGUGAGAAGGGCAUCGUCUAUCAUUUGGUUGUGCUGGCUGACAAGUAUCAAAAGAGUCAGUCGAAGGUGGCAAGUCCUGGGCAUGGCUUGGCGAUGGUUGCUGGUCCUCCUGCUAUUCAGAGAGGUCUUUUGUUCAAGUGCUGCUGGUAUUGCGGUGCCGUAGUAGCCAUGGGAAAAUUGGAAAGGCCGUUUGCAAAGCCAGUAGAGGAGAUAGAUCCGGAGGACGAGGCGGAAGAAGAGCCUGAGGCUAACCUCACAGGCUUGUGGGAAAAGCUCAGCAAUGACGAGGUCGUGCGCGCUCGUCUGCUUAAGAUCGCGACACUUCGCACGCUGUAUGAGUUGGUUUCCGAGUACUGGGAGCCGAGAAAGAAAGCCUCUUCGGAAAGCCUUGAGGGUGACUCAGAGGUCACGCCUGAAUCUACGGAGUGUCCUUUGGAGGAUGGUUAUGAGGAGACCAAGGAUGCGGAGCUGCUUGUUGCAAAGCAGCUGGGUGUCGUUGCUGAGGCAAGUGAUGCUGCAGCUUUGUCACCAGCGUUGAAAUCAGGUGUGACUGAGGAUCUUGAGAAGUUGAGCUUCAACAGCCCAGAUGUGCCGGUGAAGAGGCCAGCACCGGCAAGCUCAAGCAAGGCUGCCGCCAAGCGCCGCAAGGCUGAGAUUCUUGAGAUCAGUGAUUCACCAUGUCGCAGUACCCCUGGACCCCGCGGUGUUGAUCUGCCAGCUCGUAUUGCUCGGUUGAAUUUCCUCAGGCAGGAGAUCCAGAAACGGUCUGCUGCAAUGGCGGUUGCGAGGCCUCUCCAGAGCAACUCGCUGCCUUCGAUGGAUGCACAGGACACGUGCCCAGCCGACUUGUCUCCAAUUGCCAAGAAUCUUGAGAACAAAUUCGUUUUGGCGGCUGUGGGCGAUGGCGAUGACACCAGCCCAGCGGGUCGGAAGGAGGACCCUGCUUUGGGGGCUGUGGGCGGUGAUGAGAGCCAGCAGGCUCCCAAAGAGAAGCCUGAAGUGACCCCAACCCCUGCCCCGGAUCGGAUGGAAGAUGAUGUCUUCUAUGACGCUACCGAGCUCAGCCGGAACCAGCAGAUAGAAGCCAGGGACGACUUGAAGCAGAGCGGUGGCACAGGCACUGACGAUGAGGAUAAGGAUGAAGAGGAUGGCGAGGAUGAGCCACGAGUCUUCAAGAAGCCGGCUGCCAAGGUGAAGCCGGCUGCAGCCCUCAAGGCAGCUAUCUGUAAGGCGAAAGCCAAGGUCAAGCAGGAUGAAGACGAGAUCCCGGCGCCGAAGAGAAGGCCGGGUCGUCCCAAGAAGGAAGCCGAAAAUCCAGAAGAGGGCGAGCUUGAGUCGGAGCCGGGUCCGACUGGGAUCGCGCAGGCGCCAGCUGAGGAUGCUCCGGCUGAGAGUGCGGAGACGGCACUCGAGGGUGCUGGUGCCAGUGCAGAGCCCGCCAAGAAGAAGAGGAUAUUUGAAGGCUUGAUUUUAUCUGGCUGCUAUGCUGCCUGCAACUUUGACAAUUGGGCGCUCAUUGAGAUAAUGGUGCUCCUCGCAUCGAUGGAUGUGGCGAGGCCCUGUGAACACUUCGACGUAGUGGAAAUGUUUGCUGGGUCUUCUCGUGUGUCACGCUUGGCUAAAGGGUUGGGGAAGCAUGCUGUGGCUUUGGACAAGUCCAUCGAUGAGUCGAUGGACUUGAAUACCGACGCCGGAUUCCUGUUCAUGCUCCUCGUGCUGCUCAUGGUGGCUUUGGAAAUCGUACCUGUCAUCGAGAACCCGGCUUCGUGUUAUCCGCCUCGCUUUGCUGGCAAGCUCUUGCGGAUGCAGAAGGACUUCGCAGAUCGGCGCCCGAUCCUUCCAGAGGAGGUAACUCACCACCGAAAGCACGACACUCUCAUCGACCUCCUGAAGCGCCUUCCUGAUGACGACUGGAACGAUGCCGAACUCUACUCGGCUUUGAAGGAGGAGAUCUCCAGUGCUGAAGGGCGCGUGGCUGAUGCUGUCCUGGAGAGCAUCAAUGACAAUGCAUACAAGUUCCUGCUGCAAAGCCUGAAGGCAAAGGAUGAGGUGAAGCAGGAGCCUGAACUCGAGGCCGAGGGCCUGGCGCCGGCUGUGGUACCAGUUGCUGAGUUGCCGCGUCCGGAAGAGUCAGCAGGGAUUCUCGGAGGUGAGCAAGCUCCGACUUCGAAGGAAACACAGCUCGAGGAGUCUUUUCUUGAAGACACGCUAGUGACUACUCCUUGCCCUGAGAAGGAUGCUUACUAUGGGGCUAACAGUCCAGAGCCUUUGCCCGAGGAGGAAACUCCCAAGACCCGAAAGCCAUCGCCCAGCGAGCCCCCAACUUCAGCUGCUUCCAAGUCUUCAGAUGCAAGUGUACAGACAGGCACCCAAUCCGAGCCAGACGCGGCUACAAGGGAACCCUCAAAGCAUAUCCCAGAUCCAUCUGAGCACAUCGUGCCUCCGAAGUCGAUGCCUUUCGACUUUGCUCCCCCCACGCAGGCUGCCAUCAAUGCCCGACUUCGUAGGAUCUUCAAGCCUCGUGCGAGCGGGGAAUACCAAGUGGAUGCCGAAUUCAUUAAGAUGUACAAGGACAAAAACGGUGGAGGGCAGGAAAAGGUGACUUUCGUCAAGCACUGCAAGAAGGUCACGCAGCAGCUGUCGGAGGAGAUCCGAAAGGCCGGAAUCAAACGGAAAUCCAAGCGGACUUUGGUGGAGACAGCCAUGGAGUUUGAAGAGGACACCGACCAUGAGAUGGAUGCACCGGACCGGGUCGAGUUGUCAGAUGGACCUGAUGACGACCAGCCAGGUGAGAUGAAUGCUGAGUAUCUUAGCAAGAGUGGGUGGCCGGAGCAAGAGAAGGUAGAAGACCAAUCUACAGAAGAUGAUCGCGGAGCUCACGAAGGCGGAGGAGGAGAUGUGCAACAUGCACAAGAAGGGGGCCAGAAAGAGAUCAAUGAGAAGCUCGAAACCACGAAGAGGAUUCUGGAGUCAAUGUGCCUUCACGACCGUGCCAGGAGCUACGCCCCCAAGAUUGCUAGGCGGCUGUCGCAGUGGUUCGUUGCCUGGCAGCGGCCAGGUGGUCACGAAAAGAGAAUCUCAACCUUUCAUGUCAAACCUCAAAGUUGGGUGAAGUACCUGAUGACCGAAGAGCCUGAUGUUCUGGUAGGUAUGACUGGUGAUUUCAAGACGAACAACGAAGCGUUUUGGACAGCCUACAGACAUCAGCAUGCCACACAUUCAGUGUUUGCAAAGCACAAUGGAAGAUUAGGAGAUGUUCUGCCCAUCUUCCUACAUGGGGACGAGGGACGGGGGAAAAAGAAGACGGGGUACCUUGUCUUGAGUUUCGAAUCCCCAUUUGGCAGCACGGAGCGCAAGGUCAAGAAAUGCAACUGUGCAGUGUAUCUGUCGAGUCGCCCAGAUCUACCUGUGUAUGGCGUUUGUAAUGAGACCUUGAUCCCAGCUCAUCUUUUGGCCGCUUGCCGAAGCAUGUUUACCAACUAUCGUGGUCAUUCUUUUCUGAGCCGACAUCUUCUAUUUGGACUCAGCAAGACAACCUAUAAGUCCAAUCCUCAUAUCGUGGCAAAGCUGCUAGAGGAGAUGGCCGAUGGCUUCCGUGAACUAUUUGAUGAAGGUAUUGUUAUCGGGCAUCGGAAGAUAUUUGCCGCUGUCGUUGCCGUGAAAGGAGAUGCAGACUUCCACACAAUAUACUUUGCUUUGGAAAGGUGCUACAGCAGAGUGGUCGCACAACAGACUAUGGGGUACAUAUGCCACCUUUGCAAUGCCGCCGCAGGAACCCUUGAUCCGGGCCUGGAUUGCUCGCCUUUUGAGGAUUUCUCCGAUCAGCCUCAGUGGCAACGGGGUAUGUUUCGCAAGCGCCCUUGGUCUGCGCAGCCUAUCCUGGCAAGCAUCCCGCACGAUCAACAGGGGGCCCAGGAGCGAAUGAUAGUCCCAGAUCCGUUCCAUGUUGUCAAAAUAG